ACGUCAACGGCUGAGAUUCUGAUUUCUUCCCUCUCUUUCAAUUCCUCCCUUUUAAGCUUCUCUCGUCUCAACUACAUCUUCAGGAGGGUAGAUUCUCCGGGAAAAUUUCAGUCUUUCCUUUAACUUGAUUGUAUUUGAGCUGCUUUUCUUAGUGGGUAUUGGGAAAAAACCAUCUGGGUAUGUUUGGAUAGUGAGAAAAAUAAGAGAAUGCCUGUAUCAACACGGUCCAAGAUUAACACCCAAACCCAAGAUGAGGCAAAUCAAGAGGAGCAAAGAACCAGACUCGGAUCAGAUCAAGAAGAGACGCACACGAAUGCUCAAAUGAGAAAUCUUCACCAUGGAUUGAAGGAGAAGAUGAAAGCUUUGACUCUGUUAUACGAGCAGCAGAAGAAAGCAGCAGCUACUCGCCGGAACCCAUCUCCGAAACCGGAAGAGAAGCGGUUUUCUUCGCACCCAAGUGUUGAGCUUCUCAAUUCUUGCAGAAGGGAGGAUAAGAAAGAAGAGAAAGAACAAAAAGAUUCAAACUUGCCCAAUGUGAUGCGCGAAAACACAAUGCCCUCAAUGCCGGUGAUGCCCAAUUCCACGGUCACACGAACUUUCGUUCUGCCUCAGCCGCCGGCAGAGGAUGUGAAGGAGAAUCUUGUGAUAGGUCCAGAGAGGAUUCUUGGGUUUUCUUCUAGGAAGGUGGCGGCGACGACCAGAACCACGGUGGCGAGGAAGCUCUCGAUGGGAAAUGCAGUCCCUCAAACGGAGCCAAGAGGGGCUAAUGGGGCUAAGAAUGUGCAAGAAUUGGAGAAAGUAGAGAAUGGCUCGGAGAAGCCCGGCUGCAGUAGUCGGAUUCUCGUGUUUGUGCGGCUUCGGCCGAUGGCCAAGAAGGAGAAGGAAGCGGGUUCGCGGUGUUGCGUCAAGAUUGUGAACAGAAGAGAUGUUUACUUAACGGAAUUUGCAAGUGAGAACGACUAUCUCCGGUUGAAGAGGCUCAGGGGCCGCCAUUUUACUUUUGAUGCCUCGUUUCCGGAUUCCACCACUCAACAGGAAGUUUACACCACCACAACUGCAGAGCUUGUGGAAGCAGUACUGCAGGGAAGGAAUGGCUCAGUGUUCUGUUAUGGUGCCACGGGCGCUGGAAAAACUUAUACCAUGCUGGGUACUAUGGAGAAUCCGGGGGUGAUGGUUUUGGCAAUUAAGGAUCUCUUUACCAAGAUUAGGCAGAGGAGCUGUGAUGGAAGCCAUGUCGUUCAUCUUUCCUAUCUCGAGGUCUACAAUGAAACUGUUAGAGAUUUGCUAUCCCCUGGAAGGCCAUUAGUCCUUAGGGAAGAUAAACAGGGGAUUGUUGCAGCAGGUCUUACUCAAUACAGGGCUUACUCCACAGAUGAAGUUAUGGCAUUGCUUCAACGGGGAAAUCAAAACCGAACUACUGAACCUACUCGUGCUAAUGAAACAUCUUCGCGUUCCCAUGCCAUUCUUCAGGUUGUAGUUGAAUAUAAAGUGAAGAAUGCUUCAUUGGAUGUCAUCAAUAAAGUAGGAAAGCUCUCCCUCAUUGAUCUUGCGGGGUCUGAAAGAGCUCUUGCAACUGAUCAAAGAACACUAAGGUCACUUGAGGGUGCCAACAUAAACAGGUCACUCCUUGCACUGAGCAGCUGCAUCAAUGCCCUUGUUGAGGGUAAAAAACACAUACCUUAUCGAAACUCAAAACUCACUCAACUCCUCAAGGACUCGCUUGGUGGUGUUUGUAACACCGUCAUGAUUGCUAAUAUCAGUCCUAGCAAUCUAUCAUUUGGUGAAACACAAAACACGCUACAUUGGGCUGAUCGAGCCAAGGAGAUCAGAACCAAGUUCCAGGCAUGUGAAGCAAAUGACGAACUACUUGAAGUACCGGAAUCAGGGACUGAUCAGGCCAAGCUUUUAUUAGAAUUGCAGAAGGAAAAUCGUGAAUUGCGAGUACAACUGGCACGCCAGCAGCAGAAAUUGCUAAUCCUCCAGGCACAAACCUUGGCUGCAAAUGCUUCCCCAACUCCAUCUUCAGUUACAUCUCUCAUGACCCCUCCAUCUGCUGCUACCCAACAAAACGAGAAGAGAAAGCUCCAAACAACCUUCUUAGCAGGCAACUGCUUCACGCCAGAAUCCAAAAGGAGGGGAGCAGAUGAAGCAAAUAAAGAGCUUAGGCUUACUGUGAAAGCUUUAGAGGCACAUAUUGAAAGAAUGAAGAAAGAUCAUGCAUUGCAGCUAAGGCAGAAAGAUGACCUCAUUCGUGAACUUUCCAAAAGUGAAAAACCAUCAGAAGUAAGGGGAGAAGGCGUUAAAAGGAUUGUCAAAAGGGCUAGCUUGCGGCCAAAGGAACCAAACAUUGGUGAGUUGAAGAGUCCAAGUCAUCGAUUCCGAUCACCAGUUCCAACAGCUAAAAAAAGAAGCUUCUGGGACAUUACAACAGCUAACAGUCCAUCAAUCUCCACACUAAAUGGAAGAAAAACCAGAAGCCAUGUCAUUACAGAACCUGCUGCAGCUCCAUCUAUGCUUCUUCAGGUGCUGUAACUUUACCCUUCAAUAAGAUCAUGCAUAUGCAUAUACAUACAGAAGCACAUCUCUGAAUGCAUAUGCUUAUACAUGUUGAUUUUUCCCCUGGGGGUUUCAAGCACCUCUCUUUGUCUUUUCAUUUAUAUGCACAUAUCAGUCCCCUUUUUUUCCGUGCAACUGAUGCUGUUUGCAUAUCCAUGUUUCUGGUUUGUAUUUAACGUUUGGACCCCACAUCGCCAAUUACAUAAUUCAGCCUGGUUUUGCUCGUCAAAAGCCUGUUCCUAUGAAGUAGUGCUAAUAUAUAUGAGGAAGAGGAAGGAGAACAGAAAAGAAAACACAAAACUCAGGUGACUGAAGUGUGAUAGAAGAGCAGUGCCUGUACCUUUUCUUCUUCCCGAGGACAUUAUCUCUUCUCAAGCUGGGGGCUUCAACAAGGAAGAAAGAAGAAAGCUCAUCACCUUUGCUAGUACAGUGUAACUGGUUUUCUGUACUUAUGUGAUUACAGAUCAACCAGCCAUAAGAAAGGGAUUGUAUUCUUAAAUUUGUGUUAUUCUUUUCAGAAUUGAUUUCUUUUGUUCUAUUAUUAGGGUCGCCACUCACUGCUUUAGUGAAAUAAUUUUAAAGUUAAGGC